GUUUGUCCUCAUGUCAAGGCUUGGAACCAAGAUUUCCGCUUUUUCCACGCCUUCUACACCUGGCAUCUGGAUGGUGGCUUUGCCAUGGCGGAGCCUAUGGGAAUCAAGGUGGUUCCCUUCCACCCAAAGUUCGCCUUGGCGCGCGCGCCACCGAAGAGAGGCGACACCAUCUUCGUGCCAGGGCCCGAUGGACAGGAAGCCAGGGCCUUGGUCAUGGACCCUGAUGUGGGAAAGGAUGAGGCUGGAGAGUUCUGCAUGGCGGUGCACUUCGAAAAUGGGGAGGAG